CAGAGCAUAAGCGAUAUCCACGGCUCAGCGAGGUGAAACAGCGCGGAGGCGGCGACAGGUAGAGAUGGCCGGCGGUGGCGCCGCCGCGUCGGCGCUCUCGAGCCCGUGGAGGGCGCUGCUGCAGCGAGCGUUGGACGCCAACGCGCACCUCAAGCACUCCACCUUCUUCCAGCUCGCCACGGUGGGCGGCGGCGGCAGGCCGGCGAAUCGCACCGUCGUGUUCAGGGGGUUCCAAGAACACUGCGACAAGAUUCAGAUUAACACGGAUGCGCGGAGCAACAAGAUUGGGGAGAUCAAGGAAUGGCCCCUCGGCGAGAUAUGCUGGUAUUUCACUGAUUCCUGGGAGCAAUUCCGUAUCAGCGGUAUCAUAGAUGUGAUUGAUGGUUCCAGUCCGGAUCCUGCCAAGCUCCAGCAACGAGAGAAAGCUUGGUUCGCCAGUUCAGUGAAGUCAAGAUCACAAUACUUAGGACAAAGUCCAGGGGUUCCCGUCGCAAAUGAUGACCACAUUAAGGAUGUUCAUAUCGAUCCAUCAGCUGGCCCAGUUGAUGCCUACUGUCUUCUGACUCUUGAUCCAGAAAAGGUUGAUUAUGUGAACUUGAAAAGUAAUCAGAGAUUGAUGUUCACAAGAACCCAGGAAGGAGAUGAGUCCAGUGACUGGAUGGCCGAAAAAGUUAGCCCAUAAUGAAUUUUUUUGUUAAGGAAGAACAGAAAGGUGUUAUUGGCUGCCACUAUUUUUAUUUUGUGAUUUUCCAUGGCAAGGAACUGUCUUCAUUCUACUCCCUCCGUUCCCAAAUAUAAGUCUUUUUAGAGAUUCCAACAAGUGACUACAUACAAACCAAUGUGAGUGAAUCUACAUUCUAAAAUAUGUCUACAUACAUCCGUAUGUUGUAGUCCAUUUGAAAUGUCUAAAAAGACUUAUAUUUAGGAACGGAGGGAGUACAAUAUAGUUUCUAGCAUGUCAAAAUGUAUUUUUUUGGUAGAGCAUCCAUGGAUUACCGGGUCUGAACAGCUGUGCUAUGUGCUUUAUCUGCAUAACAGUCAUUUGUUAACAUACAUUAUGACUCUAAUUAACAUUAGUGUUCGCUUUUAAA